AUGAAGUUCUUUUCCAGCGCAAUUGCAGCGUUUGCUUUUGCGGUCUCUGCGCUCGCCCAGAUAGACGUUCCUGGCGCGGUUCCCAAGAAUCCUUUGGAGCCUCUUCAGCAUCGUCUGGCAUAUGCUGGCCCGACGGGUAUGACCGUGUCAUGGAAUACCUAUGCUGAGAUCAAGAAGCCCGAAGUUCACUAUGGUGAAAACGUCUGGGAUCUUUCCAGUGUUGCUUACGGAAGUUCCAACACUUAUGAGACCUCACCUACCUGGGCAAACCAUGUGACCAUCUAUGGAUUGAAGCCCGAUACGACGUACUACUAUACCGUGUCGCAUACCAAUUGCUACAACUGCAGCGAGAUUCCUGCUUACACGUUCACCACUGCUCGUCCCAGAGGAGACUUCACUCCCUAUACGGCUGCCGUUGUCAUUGACAUGGGUGUGAUGGGUGAAUUUGGAGAGUCAGCUGCGAGUGAAGCUGAUACCGGCGCUUUCACGGCAUCGGAUAGCAGUACUAUGCAGUCGCUAUCACAGUUCCGUGACGGUUUUGAGCUCUUGCUUCAUCCCGGUGAUCUGGCGUACGCCGAUAGUUGGCUCACUGAAUAUCUUCAUGGCUAUCUGAACAUUACUCUUGAUGAGGGCGUUGAAAUGUACAACCUCUUGCUGAACCAGUUCUUUGACGAAAUGCAGCCGGUGACUUCCGUCCGCCCUUACAUGGUUGGUCCAGGAAAUCAUGAAAGCAACUGUGACGAAGGCGGAAAGACUUACAAUGGAGUCACCUACGAUCUCAGCAUCUGUCCCGAAGGUCAACGAAACUUUACAUACUACAAAAACUACUUCUCGAUGCCUGGUGAGGAGUCGGGCGGUGUGGACAAUUUUUGGUAUUCGUUCGAUCACGGAAUGGUGCACUACGUCAUGAUUGAUACCGAGACAGACCUCGGUAAUGGCCUUGUGGGUGACGAUGAGACUGCCAGCGGAGAGGACAUGGACUCUGGUCCAUUCGGCUCUUACGAGAACGAGCAGAUUGAUUGGCUUGAGAAUGACCUUGCCAACGUCGACCGCUCGCUUACUCCCUGGGUUAUCGUGUCUGGACACCGUCCUUGGUAUGCGUCGGCUGAUAACGAUUCCACUUGCGCGAACUGCCAGACUGCAUUUGAGCCUUUGCUGGUCAAAUAUAAUGUUGAUAUGGUAUUUUAUGGCCAUAUCCACAUGUACGAGCGUAACGACCCUGUUGCUUAUGGUGUCGUUGAUCCCAAUGGACUUAAUGAUCCAUCUGCGCCGAUGUAUAUUCUCAACGGACUGGGUGGUCACUACCACGGAACCGACGACUACUCUCUUCCUUUGACUGAGUAUUCUCGCUACUUGCAGAAUGAGACUUAUGGUUGGAGUAGAUUGACUUUCCACAACUGCACGCAUGUUACCCACGACUUUAUCGCAUCCGCGAACGGAACCGUGCUCGACAGCGCGACUUUGUACAAGAACCAUGGAUGCUCGACGAGCUCUUCGAGCUCUACCAGUAUCACAACUACUUCGAACUACACGUCAAACUACACUGCAAACAGCACUGUUCCGUCGGUUGCCACGGUCACUACAAAUGCGGCCGGAAUUACUGGCGUUCCGUCAAUCAUGCUGGCUGUUACUUUAGUCACUGUCCUGAUCGCCUUUUUGUGA